AUGAUCAACGGCUCGCUAUGGCGAACUCGUGCCUCAGCUUCCGCAAUCGCUCAAGUCACUGAUGGACAAGACCAAGCCCAGAUGGGCGCUGCACCUGUGAGCGCCGCAUCCACCGCGCCAGCAACACACACAAUGUUGCCCGUAAGCCAAAUCGACGACGGCCAGAUCCAAGCUCCCGCAUCCCCCACCAACCGGCCUCGAGCGCCUGCCGUAACAGCCACCACGACCGUUUACCAGAAACGCGGUCUCAAGGCUUCCUCCAACCCCAUCCACGUUGCCUGCGCCCUUAACGACACGCUUACCCUUACGCUCACGAACGGUGUACUCAAGGACCGCUUCGGCCGCACGGGCUACAUCGCUUCGAACUUCCGGUUCCAGUUCGACGAUCCGCCGCAGGCUAGCGCCAUCUACACGGCCGGCUUCUCGGUGUGCGCGAAUGAAAGCUUGGCGCUAGGCGGCUCGGCGACGUGGUGGAGGUGCAGGAGCGGGGAGUUCUAUAAUCUAUAUGACCGGUGGUGGGCGGAGCAGUGUGAAGAGGUUGGGAUCCAAGUGGUGGGGUUGCGGGAUUGUGCGUAA